AUGCGUUUGAAUUCCAUGGCCAAUCCCCCACAACUUGAAGAUGAAAUGAACUCCCUGGUUGUCCAAUCAUUGGAUAAGAUGGGCUCCCUGCUCUUCGACGUCGCGCGCAAACCAAGGACCCAUAAUGCACCAGCGCAUACCGCGCGCCUCGUACAGAGAAUGGAGCCUCUAAGCGCCUUGGCGGUUAUUGCCAUUUUCCUUGCCGGCGUCCAGGCGCAGUCCAUAAGCUUCUCCCUGGCCCAGACGUCGACGAAGCUUGAGAUCACGACCAACGUCUUUGCGUUUGCUGGUUUGUUCCUCGAUGUUCUCGGUGGGAGCUGCGCGCUUGUUGGCUUCAUCCAAUUGCAACACACCCAGACUCUGCUGAAAGAACGCCAACUAGCUCUCAAUGGCCUGCGCGACACCUUAAGACUCGUCUCCCCGGAAGAACAACGCGACAACCCGCGCCAACUCGCCUUGCUUCACCACUUUCAUCUCCUCGACAAGAUCAUACUUGCUCCCAUCCACUACCCAAAACUCUGGAUGACUAUGGGCGGGCCCCUCCUCGACUCGGCGCGCAUAAUAGAGAGAAUUCUGAAGACUUUCGACGACUCGGUCCAGAUAUCCGCCGCCUAUUCGCUCGCAGACUAUCGUGUUGCGACUGAUGCUCUGAUGGCCUCGGCGGGGAGGACCAGCCUGGGGCUCGCUGCAAGCGCCGCAGUCCCGGCCAUUGUUAUCGCUGGCUUGUUCUGCUUCACAUGUGGCGCGCUGUGUCUCGCGAUUGCCAGCCAGCCAGCGGCGGUUUGGGGGACAUGCGUCGCUGUCCUAGCGAUCACUUUUGUUCUUCUUGGGGUCGUCUUUGUGGCGAAGCACAGCGGAAUAUUGCUCCGCGGUUCACGAAAAGAGUCGUAUUGA